AUGGCGGAAGUUCCCCGGCUUGAUUUCGCCAAGUUCAGCCAGGGCACAAAACAAGACAAAGAACAGUUCGGACAGGCUCUGACGAAUGCUUUCAUCGAAUAUGGUUUCGCCAAACUAAUCAACCAUGGAAUUGCUGAUAAGGCCGUUGCACACUUGCUAGAGCAGUCACGCAGAUUCUUCUACCUGCCUACGUCUGCCUUGCAGAAAAUUGCUUGGGUUCCAGGCCCGAACCCGCAACGUGGCUGGUGUGGACAAGGCACUGAGCUGGUGGCAAAGACACGUAAGGAGAAUUACGCAGGAUACGACGAUAUUGCCAAACUGAUGGAUGCUCGGGAGCAUUUUGACGCUGGGCCGCUCGACGAUGCACAAUUUCCCAACCUAUGGCCCGACGAAAACGACUUGCCUGGUUUCAGAGAGACGGUAGCCAACCAUUACCUGACCUGCCGGGAAGUAGCUCACCAGCUCAUGACCGCCAUCGAGAUGGGCAUGGGUCUCUCUCCCGGCGUGCUUGUCGACCGCUGCCGCCAAGAAGCCAGCGAGAUAUCCCUGAACCGGUACCCGCAAAUCGCAACCGAGACGCUGUCCGAGGGCUACACGAAGCGAAUAUGGCCGCACACCGACUACGGCAUCAUCACGCUGCUGUUCCAGGAUGGCGUCGGCGGGCUGGAGCUCGAGGACAGGACCAGGCCCGGCGAGUUCUUGCCCGUGACACCGACGCGGCCGGGCGAAAAGACCGAGAUGGUCAUAAACGCCAGCGACACCUUUGAGCGCUGGACGAACGGUGUCAUCAAGGCCGGGUUGCAUCGUGUGACACUGCCGCAUGACGAGAAGAGGGCCGUGAUGCCCGAGAGGUACUCGUGUGCGUUUUUCCAAAAGGCGAGCAGGGAGACGUCGGCCGGACCGCUGCCGCAGUUUGUGACCGAGGAGAACCCGGCGCGCUAUGACGAGAUAACCGCGUUGCAGUUCCAGCAGCGCAGAAACCGGUUGCAUUAUUAG